UGAUAUUUAACAUCAUUCAAACUUUUGGUCUUCUCAUUUUAUAUUUAGUUUUAUAUUGUAACCAAGAGAUAUGCUCAUUACCGUGUCACCAACAUUUUAUUAUGAUCUGGCAAUAUCUAAAAGUAUUUGGUUAACCUUCACCGGGUGGAACUAUUCCCCCACCAACACUUAUGAACCCAGAAAAGGAAAUUCUCCAGGCAGUUGCUAAUUAGAUGCGAAAUAGGUGAGUCGUUCGACUAUUUGAUGAAGUGUAACCGGUUUGACGACAUUACCGUGACUUUCAGAUAUUUUUGUGCUGUUGCAAACGAAGUUUUGUAAAUACCUUGAUUAUUUGGAGCUAUUUUACUGCAAGAUGGCCAAGCAAACCGCCGAACAAUCUAGGAAAGAUAUGUUGAGUAAGAAAAAAGAAAGAGAACGUGCAAGAAGACAGAAAAUUAAGAACAAUCCGGAAGAAUAUGAAAAGCAAAGACAGAAAGAAAAGGAGCGUUACCAGAAAAGGAAAAGCGAAGGCAAAAUUAAACUUAUUGGCGAUUUAAGUGACAGAGAUAAAAGAAAAAAACGAAAAACAUGGAUACAUCAUAAUAGAACAUACAGGGAAAAAAAAGAAAGUUAACUGAUAUUGAGAACGAAGCUCUUUGUAAUACUCCUACACCAUCAGUGGUUGACAUAAAUGAAGACCAAAUUGUAGAGAAUGCUUUGCCAAAAACUGAAAUUAAUUUGAGAAGGAAAAUAUCCCGUCUAAAGAUGAGGGCACACCGGGAAAGACUUCGACAAAAGCAAGAAAUAGAAAGUCUUAAAAAUGAGAAUAGGAAGCUAAGAUCCAGGGCAUUGAAAGAAAAAAUUGCAGCACAAUAUAGAAGUCCCAAUGACAAAACGAAUACGGAAGAAUGUCCUUUGCCAGAUUUGACUCCCAAUACAAAAAUCAACGUUACUCUUGAAAAGGCUGGAGUUGUAGUUCCCAACAGUAUCAAAAAGAAGUUAGUUUUUGGAGAGUGUCUAAAGCAGCAUUUAAAUGCAAAUUUCAAGAGUAUUAAAGGUCAUCGUUCAAAACAAGUAUUUUCUGAAGUAGUGGGAGGAGGCAUUCUUAAAAAAUAUGGAGUAACAUGUAAGCUUAAUAUGUCGCAAUAUCUAAGCACGUCAUUGCCAAGCCGCAAAAAAAAGAGAGCUGAUGUAAAGAUAAAUUCUGUGAAAAGAGAUGUUAUACAAUUUUUCGAAAAUGAUGAUAACAGUCGUCUGCGUGCGGGAAAGAAAGAGUGUAUUACAUACAAAAAAGUUAAAAAGCAAAAACGCUAUCUGAAUUACUCACUUAAGUCUUUGCAUCAGAAAUAUUUAAAAGAAAAAGGAUGUAAAAUAUCUUACACUACAUUUUGCCGUCUUAGACCCUUUUGGGUAGUGGUACCAAGACUUGGCUCCCAGGACACUUGCUUAUGCAUAACGCAUGAAAAUUUUCGUUUGAUCGUUUCCAGAUUACACUUUGAAAAAAUUAUAAAUUUGAAAACUCCCGAGGAAGUUAUUAGUGCUGUUACGUGUACCCCCCAUAAUGAAGAAUGUUUAAGUCGACAAUGUAAAACUUGCAAGGAAAUUCAAGUUCCAGUAAAUGAAUUUAAUGCCAACAGCCAAUGUCAAUAUCAGAAGUGGUGUACUAAAAAAGAAUCCCGAGUUAGUAGUAAGACUGGUAAGACGAUUAUUGUGCAGAUAACUUUGAAAGAAGAUAUUACAAUAUCUCACUACAAUCUUGUCCAGGAGGUGUUCUUGCUUCUUCCAAAAUACAUGCUACACGUCAGAAAUAUCUACCAUCAGCACAGAACAUUAUCAACAAUCAAAAAGUCACUUAAUGAGUCCAAAUUGCUUCUUCAUAUUGACUUUUCGGAAAACUAUUCAUGCAAAUACUCCUCCGAAGCACAGUCGGUUCAUUUUGGCGCAUCAAGGCAGCAAAUUACAUUGCAUACAGGUGUUGCUUACAGCAAGGAUCGAGUAAGCUCAUUUUGCACUAUAUCUCCGAGUCUUAGGCAUGAUGCCAAAGCAAUUGCUGCUCACUUGAUUCCGAUUUUAGAACGUUUUUCUACGCCUUUGAUAAAUACCAUAUAUUUUCUUUCGGAUAGCCCUAGUACACAAUACCGCAACAGGACUAUGUUUAAUAUUAUUGGGUAUUAUUUGCCAACCAAAUUUAGAAAUAUAAACAAGAUUUCUUGGUCAUACAGUGAGGCUGGGCAUGGGAAAGGUGCCCCGGACGGAAUUGGGGCAACUUUAAAACGUACAGCGUACCGAUUGGUAGCGGAAAAUACAGACAUACCCUGUUACGAAAAAUUUGUGAACGUAGUUAAGAAAAAUGUAUCUAACAUACAGUGAGCGAUUUGGAUAUACAAACCGUAGAUAACGAAAUGACCGAAAGUUUUGGCACGUUUAAAGGUACAAUGCUAGUGCAUAAUGUAACAUGGUGCAGAUUAAAGGAAGAACUACACUUUAACACAUUGACUUGUUUAUCUUGCGAUAUUGGCAAAUCUUGUACCCAUUACGACCUUGGACAUAUAAAAUUACACAUUGAUCCAUUGGAGCAUCAAGAUAUUGAAGAAAUUAAUGAAGCAACCAAUACUGAAAUUACCGAGAGUCCCAUACCAGACGAUAAAUUUUUAAGCGUCACUUAUAUACCUGAUCCUGAUAUUCCUGAAGAGAACAAAGAUAAUCAAUCACACAUUAAACCUAAUGAAUGGGUGGCUGUUCUGUUUAAUGAUUUCUGGUAUCCGGGAGUAGUUUUAUCUCUGAAGCGUAAGUGUUUGGAAAUUCAAUUUAUGGACAGAAAAGAUGGGGAAUUUUUUUGGCCAAAAAAGCGUGACAUCCAAUUUAUUCCAUGUACUGAAAUUUUGUGUAAACUGUCCAAGCCACCUGUGCAACGCUCUGCCCGACUCUUUGUUGUUCCGGAGUCUAAAAUUAUAGACGAAUUGGUUUAAUUUUAUUCUACAUAUUUAGUGUGUGUUAUGUGCUUUUUAUAAUUCAUUUAAUUUUCGUUAUUCGUUAAUUUAC